GUUGCUGUUUUUAGUUUUACAGUGUAGUUUACAGCAGUGAUUCAAACGUGGGUCGCGGACCCGUUCUCAGUGGGUCGCGGGCCUUUGCCUGGGAAAAAAAUGUUAAGAACAAAAUCCUGUGCUUUUAUUUUGAAGGGGAUUUUUUAUGCCGCGGAGUGCUGUCUAUUCACAGUCGCCACAGUAGGUGGCGAUAAAGCCUUGUAAUGUUAAUAGACACCCACCAAACUGCACCAUCUUUUCAUUAAAUAAAUUUGAGAAGUUGAAAAUUUUCCUCAGUUUGGGUCACGGCUUGUCCUUUAGGGGUGAUGGUGGGUCCCGAAGCCAGACCAGUUGAGAACCACUGGUUUACAGCGUCUGUCCAAUCCUAAACAGGCUCCACCCGCCUCGCUCCGAUUGGCCGGGACUGAUUGUGGAAUGUCGGACAGGAGUGUCACAGCAGCAGGGUCAAAGGUCGCUCUUGUUUCAGGCUUAACGUUGACACGAGGUUUGUGCGGCCUGUGGAGGCUCAGCGAGAUAAAUGGAGGUUUUUAGUCCAGUCAAACGAGUCAGAAUAAACUGAAGGGCUGUUAAAAGCUCAUGCUGCAGCGCUAACGAAGGUCCCGUCCCAUUUAGUGCAGCAGAGACUUUCAGAGAUGACAUGAAUACACUACAGGAUCGUUGUUCCACGUGCAGCGUUUAGGCUGAUGAAUUCAGUUUCCAUCAGUUUGAACUGAACGUCCUGAGCUGCUGCAGCUCUCACACCGCCCAGAACAUCAGAGAUCCACCUCCAUAAUAAACGGCUUCGUCUGACCUCUAGCCCUAAAUAAAAGACAGGUUUUCAUCAUGGUAUUUCUCACCCUGUUGAGACGCCGACAUGGAGGACGAGAAGAAUAAGAGAGAGAGAGAAAAAGAAAACAGGAUCCCGUCAGUGCCUGGGAACCUGAGGGAUCCUAGAGAGACGAGACAAGACGGAGAGAGAGAGCGAGAGAGCACAGGGGAAACCAUCAGGGCGCCUCUCCUCUCUGGGCUGCUGGUGUUCACGCUGUGUAUCGUCUCUUCUCUUUGUCAAGAUGAAUAUUCUGGAUACCACUCAGGUGAGGAACACACCUAUGAAGGCUCCAUGGUCGACCACUACGACAACUUAGCCACCCCUCAACCAGAGUAUCCGCCCGAGCCGACUCACAGCUACGACGAGGACCAGAGGCCUGAGGAGGACUACGACCCCUACGGCCCCGCCCCCACCCGGGUCACCAUGAUCACAGAGGACGCCUUCUCCUACGCCACCACGGCCGAGUCCCACUACGCCAAGGAGGACAAAAAGACCAUAAAGGUCCUGCAUCCUCCAGCAGGACCGGACACCGACUCCUCGGAGGAGUCCGGCGGCGACGCAGGACUCGGGGAAGAGGGUCCGACGGAGUGCGACUGUGAACCCGGAGAGCCCGGAUUCGCCGGCUUCGCGGGACCAAAAGGAUCCAGAGGUCUGCAGGGUAAAGCUGGUACUCCAGGAACUCAAGGCAGAGAGGGUUAUAAAGGAACUAAAGGUGUUCGAGGACGAGGAGGAGACACCGGACCAGUGGGCGACGUCGGAUCCGAAGGAGAUGACGGAGGCUCCGGUUUCUCUGGCGCCAUGGGAGAACCUGGACUUCCAGGAGACCCAGGCGAGCUCGGAGUUCUGGGUCUGAAGGGCGACAUCGGUAUGGAGGGACCCCGCGGAGGAGUCGGAGGUCGUGGUGAGACUGGCCCCAGUGGUGACCCUGGAUCUCGAGGACCAAAGGGAGGCACAGGUACCAAGGGAUCUCGUGGUAGCGAAGGCAAAGAGGGUCCUCAGGGACGGGAAGGCCAGAAGGGUCAGACCGGAGCGCCCGGGUUCCCAGGUGAUGUCGGCGACAGAGGAUACACCGGUUAUCCUGGACAGCCGGGAUCCAUCGGACCGAGUGGACCAAAGGGCACUAAAGGUCUCAGCGGCCUGCCGGGCAGCGACGGCGAUCCUGGACAAGAUGGUCCGAUAGGAGUCCCCGGUGUGAUGGGAGAGCCCGGAGUGUUUGGCACUAAGGGCAGUAAGGGGGAUCGCGGAGUGAGAGGACGUCGAGGCAGAGUGGGCGCCGUGGGAGCUCAAGGAGAGCAGGGAGAUGCCGGAGUACCAGGGAAACCAGGACCAAAGGGCCUGCAGGGCCAGACUGGCGCCAAAGGUGAAACGGGAACUGAUGGUGAAAAGGGUGCUGCAGGGAAGAAAGGCAUUAAAGGUGCCAAAGGACAAAAGGGAAGCUUGGGUGACCGUGGAGACAAAGGACAGCGUGGACCGAAAGGGGCAGUCGGUCGUAACGGCAGCCCUGGUCCUGUGGGACCUCCAGGCAUCCCGGGCACCAGAGGAGAGCGCGGUGCAAUCGGUGACCUGGGUAUUAAAGGCCGAGCGGGAAUCAAAGGAGCCCCAGGCCCCUCUGGUCCUGGUCUGACUGAUGAGCAGGUCCUGCAGCUCUGCAAAAGUGUGGUCACAGCUCAGAUCUCCCAGUACGCCUCCUCCAUCCGGGGCAAGUGCUCCCAGGGCUGCCCCAUCAAUAAUCGCACACUAAUCGGGCCCCCGGGAGCACCAGGGAAGUUGGGAUCUCCAGGCAAACCUGGUAAAGCAGGAAAACAAGGAGCCAAAGGAGCCAGAGGUGCUCAAGGUGACAGAGGACUGGAGGGACAGGAAGGAGCGCUGGGUAACAAAGGUCCAAAGGGAUCUAAAGGCCUUGCAGGCGUUCCAGGUAAAGGCUUUCUGGGACUCGAUGGACCACAAGGCCCCAGAGGUUUGCCAGGUAACCCAGCAGAACCCAAAAACGGCAUGGAGGGUCCUCGAGGUCCCCGUGGCUUCCCCGGUGCAGUUGGUCAGACCGGCAUGGUCGGGAUCGCGGGCGUUCCGGGAUUCUGUGAGGCGCGGGACUGCAGCAUUCAUGCGCCGGUGAUGCGCAAAGAGCAAGGUCUGGUGAAAGGACCCGUCAGUCAAAUCUGAACCUCUGAACAUGAGCGACGAGGAACACUGAGAUUAUAGAGGGUCUGAGAUCCACCUGGUGACAACUUCAAGGUUCAUCUCAUUAAAUUCUAGCUGGGUUUAAAUGGGACAAAAAAAUUGAUUUAUGACAAUAGUUUUUUAAAAAGCUGCGAAACGUCAGUGGACCAAGUAUAGUACCGUGGGGUGCUCCGCUGGUGGGCAGGUUUGAUCAGAAAUGGGGAAACUGAAGGAAUGAAACCAGAAAGACUUUUCCAUCUCAGCCGGACAAGGAACUUUUAGAGGUUUUGUACUUCGUAAAGAUCCAAACACUGUUCCAGUUCAGGAAUAAUUGAGCCUGACGUGUUGUAAUUUGAUAAAAAACAAAAAACACUAAAUGAUUCCCGACUGAAUCCUUACUUAAAUAAACAAAAAUAAAAAUUGCUGCAUGUAAAUAUUGUGUAAAGUAUCUCAAAUACAUGUACUGUGUUCUGAAGUAUGUUUCAGAUAAACUGUCUGAUGUUUUUUGUUUUUUUUUUAAAUCUGAGUCUUCAGUUUGUCAGUUACGACAUGUUUAAGUGUUUGAAAGAGGUUGUACUUACUGAAAAAUAAUAUUCACUAAAACUGAAUACCGACUCAAAGCAGUAAUCUGAUUGUUUGUGUUUCAAAGGCGACUUAAUCUUUCAGAAUCAUUAGAACUGUAAACUAUUGAAAAGUCAAAUAACUCAUUUCUAAUAAACUCCAUCCAAAGUA